GCGAGGUUCCCACGCCCAGCGACGUGGGGUGCCCGCUGUUUCUGUUGUUCUGGAGGCUCCCCCAGAUUUAGGGAAGUUCUGAGGAUGAGUGGAACAGGGGCGCCCGGGUGGAGGGCUUCGAGAGGGAGCCGGGCUGGGAAAGGGGCCGACGCUCGCUGCGGGAGGGUGGAGACAGAUGCACCUUGGAAAGUCGGGAGCUUGAUCCACCCGCCCGAGAACCUGAUGCUCCCCGCCUCCUGCUUCUCGGCCCCGGGAGAGGGAGCUUGGCUCAGAGCUAGUAGACGUCACCCCUCCUUACCAAGCCCAUCUGUUUGUUUGUUUCUUUUUUUCUUCCUUAUCCUCCCUUCUUUGCUCUGCCAACCGCUCCCUCGGCCCCUCCGACCUGCGUUCUCUCCAGCCCCGCAGAGGCAUUUCCCCCUCCGCUGCCUCCAGAUCUCGUCCUUCGCCAACAGCAGCUGGAUGCGUACGGAUGGCCUGGCGUGGCUGAGGGACCUGCAGGCCUACACUUGGCGCAAUGACUCGGACACCAUCUGCUUCCUGAAGCCCUGGUCCCAGGGCACAUUCAGCGACCAGCAGUGGGAGCAGCUGCAACAAACAUUUCAGGUUUAUCGCAGAAGCUUCACCAGGGACAUACGGGAAUUCGUCAAAAUGCUGCACAUCGACUACCCCUUUGAGAUCCAGGUAUCUGCUGGAUGUGAGGUGCUCCCGGGGAACACCUCAGAAAGCUUCAUCCGUGUAGCAUUUCAAGGAAGAGAUGUCCUGAGUUUCCAGGGAACGUCUUGGGUGUCAGCUCCAGAUGCCCCACCUUGGGGCCAGAUGGCCUGCACGGUGCUCAACCAGGACCAAGGGACCAGGGAAACAGCGCAGUGGCUCCUCCACGACAUCUGCCCCCGAUUUCUCAGAGGCAUCCUGGAGACAGGGAAGUCCGAGCUGGAGAAGCAAGUGAAGCCCGAGGCUUGGCUGUCCAGUGGCCCCAGUCCUGGGCCUGGCCGUCUGCUGCUGGUGUGCCAUGUCUCAGGAUUCUACCCAAAACCCGUGUGGGUGACGUGGAUGAGGGGCGAGCAGGAGCAGUCUGGCACUCAGCAAGGAGAUAUUGUGCCCAACGCUGAUGAGACUUGGUAUCUCCGAGUAACCCUGGAUGUGACAGCUGGGGAGGCGACUGGUCUGAGUUGCCGAGUGAAGCACAGCAGUUUAGGAGACCAGGACAUCAUCCUCUACUGGGACCGGAGCCAUGCCUCUGUGGGCUUGAUUGCCAUGGCAAUACUGCUGUCCCUCCUUCUGAUUGGUGGAGGCUUCGCAUUCUGGUUUAAGAAGCACCGCCUCUAUCAAGACAUCCUGUGACUGUCCUCACCACACCUGUCUGUCUGGACCUCAGGAUUUCAGGGCUUUAGUGCUCAGAAUCUGAGGGUGAAAGACAGCUACCUUGAAGAAGCAGAGAACAAUCAUAAGGCAGCUUUUGUCACGUCCUUUGAACACUUUAUCUAAGAGGAUUUAAGUUCUUUUUCAGUAUAUUACAAGUGUAUAAGCCCACGUGGUUCUGUAAAAACAGAAGUGCAAACUCAGAUACCUCUCAGGGACAAGCAGAUAAAGGCUGGGGUGUAAGUGUGUGUGUGUGUGUGUGGUCAUUAUUUGAAUGAUGGAAUCUGCAGUGAACUGGAAAGCACUUUUCCUGUCCAAAGGAAACAGGUCCAGCUGUUUGCUAUCAAGUAUAAAGUAAGACCCUGGCUUGGCUGUAACCCACAUUUUUUUCAAGAAAAGUGGAAGUCUAGGUUUAUAUGUGAACACGCCUGAUAUUAAUGUGUUGACUCAAACUUUUACAAUAUUUGGGGUGUGGGAUACCCCAAAUACACCUCUGCUGGCUGAUGACAACCCUGGGGCUCCCAGUUUGUGUCUCUAAUGUAAAAAGUUUGUCCUGAAUGACAUAUCGGCAGUUUCAGGACCUAGUUUCUAUUGUGAAUUUGGAGUUAUAAAGAGGGACAUUUUCUCUUUAAAAGAAAAUUAGGCUGUAAGAAACAGAGGUGUCUCAAGCUUUUUACUUGGCGUAACUUGAUUAAAAGAGGAGAAAUCAUGGUGUAUUUAUAUUAUGUAGAAAAAGCUACUUUUGGUAGGGAUAUUUUUCUCAAGUGGUCCUACUUAUAGCUAUUGAAUGAGACAAUAUGUGGGCUGGGCUGAACCCAUUUGGGUAGACGUGAGCGCUAGUGAUGAUGGCCCCACUGUCUGCUCUAUUCUUAGCCUAGAGAAAAGAAGCAGGAAAUGUAGAGGAACAGCAGCCCUUCCUGAUGCCAAAAAAAUGAGAAGGCCAAGUUAAAAAUCAUCUGUUAGCUAUCAGGGAAGUCGUCUCUUGGCACUCAAGGCCCUCGAACAUCCAGAAAAAUUGAGACUAAACUUUUGAAGUCUUUGCUUGAGAAAAUUAAGACUUGGCAUUUUCUAUGUUGCACUUUCAGGUUGAACCUAGGAUGUGGGUGGAAAUCCAGCUAGUUUCUAAAUCAAUGGUUCCGAAACUGUGGUUUCCUGACCUGUAGCCUCAUUAUCAGCUGGAAACUUGCAAAUUAUUUUGGGCCACCCCCCCAAAAGAUGAGACCUACUGAAAUGAGAAAUCUUGGGAGUGGGGACCAGUAACCUGUGUUUUAACAAGCCCUCGGAUGAUUCUGAUGUUCAGUUAGAGAACUGCUGUUUGCAGGUAUUGUACAGUGCUAAGCAAUGGAUUCCUCAGAAUGCUAAGUGAAAAUGUUGGCCUGAGAUUAGUUAGGGAAGGCUUCCUAGAGGGAGGGGAAAUUGAAGCAGGAAGUAGAGAUACAGUGAGGUGAACAAGCAAGUGCACUGGAUCAGGAGACCAUAGUCUCCUCUGACUCACUUUAUUCCUGUGCCAAAUGGAGAUAAUAAUGUCUGUCCUGAUCAUGCUACAGAUUGAACGUCUAUGUCCUGUGUCCCCCGCCCCCCAACCCCCGCUAAUUCAUAUGUUGAAAACCAAAUACCCAAGGUGAUGGUAUUAGAAGGUGAGGUCUUUGGGAGGAGAUUAAAUCAUGAGGUCUGAGCUCUUGCGAAUGGGAUUAGUGCCCUUAUAAAAAUGGUCCUUAUCUAUAGCACAGGGAACUCUACUCAAUAUUCUGUUAU